CCAGAUAUUAUUUAAAUAGUUACGAUACGUCCUUAUUGUGACAUUUAUUAAUUACUUGAGUACAAAUUUAUAAUGGAGUACAAAAAAUUAGUAAUUAUUUAUUUAUUGGUAUUAUUUUGUGAAAAUACUUUGGGAAAAUGUGAAAACAGUUUCACAACGGUCAAUGAAAAUAAAAUAAAAUGUAAAAAUGAAUUAAUAUUUGAAGAAAACUUUAAUCGGCUUUCAGUCGAUAAUGAUUAUGCAGAGGAAGAUAAUUACAACUAUUUAAAUUCUUCAGUAUGGAAGAGAGAAAUUAAAAUUCCUUUGGAUCCGGAUUAUGAAUUUUGUGUCUAUCAUAAAUUGGAAAAAGGAUUGAGGGUAGAAGAUGGCUUGUUAAAAAUAAAACCUCAUUUACUUGAAGACUUUUAUGGUGAAAAUAUUACAUACUUUGGAAGACUCCAACUCGCUGAUUGUACAGGAAUAUUGCCAGGAGAAUGUAGCCGCAAUGCAAUAGGAUUUCAUAUUCUGCCUCCAGUUUUGUCAAGACGAUUGACGACCCGUGAUAGCUUUUCAUUCCGGUAUGGAAAAAUAGAAAUACGGGCUAAAUUUCCCGAGGGUGAUUGGCUCUAUCCAGAAUUGUGGCUUGCUCCAAAGUACACAACCUAUGGAAUCGGAUACGCAAGCGGGCGUGUUAUUUUAGGAAUGGCCCGCGGGAAUGAAGGACUAAUAAAAAACGAUGGCUCUUUAGAAGACUACAGCUCGAGAGUUGUUGAAUUCGGAUUGCGAACAGGUCCACUUGGAGCGUCGGGGAACAUUACCGAAGAAAAAGUAACAAAGAGACAUGACUCAGGAUCUUGGACCGGCGAUUUUCAUGUCUACACAACUAUUUGGAAUUCCACAGGAUUUAUUUUUAAAAUCGACGGGGAGGUUGUUGGUCAACUAAGAGGAGGUUCCAGACAAGCUGAAGACCAGAAUCGCAUGGCACCCUACGAUUUAGAAUUUUACUUGAUGCUAGGUGUAGGAGUAGGUGGAGUGAGAGUCUUUCCAGACGGUACACGCACCGGUAAUUAUGAGAAGCCUUGGAAAAACAACGGCGCCAAGGCAAUGUUCCGCUUUUGGCAAGCCAAGGAUCAGUGGCUGCCGAGCUGGAAGCGCGAAAACGCCAGGAAAACAGCGCUCGAGGUCGACUACAUUAAAGUUUGGUCAGUGUGAGUAAAUGAGCGAGCCUCUUUCUCUUUCUUGACAUCAAAGACAACAAUGAUGCUGCAUCUGCACAAGUGAGAUGAACAGACGUCUUAAUCUUACUGAUUUUUUUCAAUUUGCACGCCUCCUUAGUUUAUUGGUAUUAGUAAAAAGGUGUCUGGCUAUACAAUAUACAUGUAUAUUACUUUAUUUGGGUGCUAAUUUAGUGACGGAAAACCGGUUGUUCCCAAGGUGGUGGUUCCGUUAUGAUUUAUCGUUUUGCGAGGGUCAAACCCAAUCUUGAGUUUCAUUAGUUGCCAAAUAUUCUCACGAGAAGAGUGAAUCCCCAGUAGUAAAUUUCAUAAAAACUAUUGUAUCAUUAUUUCAUUAAUAGUUAUUAAUAGUAAAAUAUUUUUUAAAUAAUCUAAAAUGACAAUAAAAUAUUAUUACUUUAUGCCUUGGUGAUUUUACGCAUCCCCGUCAAUUUGCAGUGAUUGACAAGUUGCGAAGAGUGUACAAAACCUUCAGGCUCGACACAGUCUUCAUUAGUUUCUCUGACUGUGCGCUCUUAGCAAUACAACUCUCGCUAUCGUUUUGUUAUUGUUUACACAAUUUUUCUUCAAUCAUGAAAAAUUAUUUUAUUCUGUCAAGUAUUUUUUUAUCUUUGUUAAUAACCGAUAUUUAUCCUCAAAAUAUUUCAUCAAUCGUUGGUAAUGACUAUGUUCUCCGUAGCUGCGUAUCAAGCGUUGAGUUGAUAAGAAAUCAUCGGAAAACAGUACCACGUGUUGAUACUCUUAAAAAUACAGGAGGAAAAAGCAUUACAGAUAAUAAUCCGAAUGUAAAUCGAAUAAUGAACAGUAGGCAGCAAUUAAAUUAUAAUUCUCGGGUUGAGAGAGAUCGUAAAAAUCGCUUACGGGGAAAAAUUACAACAGACAGCCCAGUCAAGACUGUUAAUAUUAUGAGACAAAGAAAAUCAGAGCCUUUGUUGUUCAGGAAAAAAAAUGGAUUUCCUGAAGUAUUUCAACGGGCUGAGCAACGACGCACCAAGAUGAAAAGUGAAAUUAUAACAAUAAAACCUGUUAAUUAGACAAUACGAAUAUUUUUAUUUUUAUGUUUUUAAUAAAAGUAUCCUACUUAUUUGAAAAAAAUAAUAACAAAUUAAUAAUAUUAUUGUCUCACGACUGUUUUUCCGUUACUUCAGUAGACGGGGAGCUGGGCGCUGUAUCUUGAGCUAGAGGUUCACGAACUGACUCAAAAAGUGGUUUAAUUUCAGUCUA